AUGGAGGCCUCUUCGAGGGAAUCAACGUCCGUCUACUUCUGCCACGUGUGCAUGAGCCGAGUGGGAGUGAGAAAGACUUCCACGGAGGAGCUGGAGUGUCGAAGGUGCGAACAGACGUUUGUGGAGGAGCUGCUCGAGAGCGUCGUCGGCAACGCCGCGCUGGGAGGCAUUGACGACGAUGACGAUGACGAUGCCGCCGCCGCCGCCGGCGGGGACAACGACGAUGGCCCGGCUUCGUCUCACACGGCGGCGGCAGCAGGAGCGGGCCGCCGCGGGACCAGGGGGGGCACCCCAGGCCAGGGGGCACCCGUGAUCGGGAUGCCUUUCAGCAUGCUGCAGGCCUUGGGGGUGGGCGGGAUGCAUCCGUUGAACGCACGACCGGCGGCGCCGGGUGGGGACCGGGGGGAGGGGGAAGGCGGAGAACAACAAGGGAGCGCUGCUGGUGGGGGUGGGGCUGGGGCCGAGGGCGGGCGAGCGGGACCGUUCCUUUUCGGGGGGCGAUUCGCGAUGGGCAGCGGCGGCAGCGGGUCCGGCAACACCGCCGGUAGCGGUGGUGGUGGCGGUGGCGGUGGUGGUGGCGGUAGUCGCGGGGGUAGUAGUUUCUCUUCUCGAGUGCAGCGGUUUCGCCAAGCGCACGCAGGCCCCCAGACCCCCCGAGCACGGCAGGGGCAAGGGCAAGCGGCGGCAGCUGGAGCGGGCGGGCAGGGCGGGGGAGGGGGUCAGGGGUCAGGCGGUGGAGGUGGUGGUCUGGAUGCGGAGAACCCGUUCCUAGGGACUCUUCUCCAGGCAUUGGGAGGGGCAGGCGCAGAACACGCCGAGAUCUUCAUCGGGCCCAACAUGCAACGAAUGUCGGGCGCAGCUCGUGGUGGUGGGGGGGGGGGCGACGCGCGCGGCGCGGGCGGGGGGGGAGGGGGAGGCGGAGCCCCCGAUUUCGCCGGGGGCGGCAUCGGGGCCAUGCUGGGCGGGCCUGGAGGGCUGGGGUUCCUCCUGAGGGGCAUCGGCAUACCCGGCGCCAUGGGCGGGAUGGGGAUGGGGUUGGGCAUGGGGCCCGGGGGAAACGUUGGCGACUACGCUUUCGGGGACCUGUCUCAGCUGAUCCAGCAGCUCAUGGCGGCGGACACGAACAGGGGGCAAAUAUCCGGGCAUGACGACCACGGCGGCAAAAUCAAGCACACACAGCAAUUAUCGUCGUCGGAGCUCAGCUAUGGUACUGCACAAGAGUUCCCCGCGUGGCACGGACGGUAGUACAUACGUUCCGCGCUCAUUUUUGCUAAUGGUAUCAUACGCGUUCAUGAAUGCGCUUGGACUAAUUGUCUGGAAACUUUCCCUCCGCGACUCCUUUCCCGCUGUGUCCCUCGCCCAAUGCGUAUUUCGCCGCGCCGCGCCGCCGUGGGCUGCUGUCUCGACGGGCCGCCCUGGACUGUCUCGACGGGCCAAUCAAAACGCCACAACACCCUACAGCACGGCCCUCCUCCAGCGUCGAAGAAAUUUGUCGAGAACCUCCCGACGAUCAUUGUUGCCAAGGUGGGCAUUGGGGGGGGGGGUGCGAGCGUGUGUUGACGUUGUGUUUGUUGUCGACCGGGGUCUCCGACUUUGCCGAGCACAGUAUCUACCCUUUCCGGCUUAGGCCGAGCGAGCCAUCUAGUCCAUCAAGCGAGCUAUUGGUGUGUGUUGUCGGACCGCGCUUGCCUUUUUGUUGAGGAAGGAGAUGCCGUUCGUUCGUUU